GAAGAUAAACAAAACAAACCAGAGAGAGAGAGAGCAAGAGAGAGAGAGAGGGGGGCAGCGUGGACCCCACGGAAACAGCGAAAAAUAUCCAAAAACACUGCUUAAUACGGAUCUAAAAACUGUCUAGUUGACCCACGGAGGAGUCUUAAGCAAACAGCCAACGCAGGAGGCCUGAGGGAGAGCGUGUGCAGAGGGGCCGCUGAGGCUUCUGGGUAAAACAGAAAGCGUCCCUUUUUGUGAGCAAACUCCUUGGUUUCUGCUGGUACUGAGCAAACUGGAAACAGCUGGAGGACGGCAGCAGCGUUUCUGGCUAAACACCGAGGACCCGUGGCUGGCGAUGCCUCUGCCCAGCAUCACUGGGAUGGACCCUCCUUUUGGGGAUGCCUUUGAGAACUACUCCUUCACUGACCAGGCACUGACCAGCACGGACCUGUUGGCAAGCAGCUCAGACCCCGACUUCAUGUACGAGCUGGACAGGGAGGUGAGCUGCGCGCAGAGCCCCCGGGACGAGAUCCUCCUGGCGGGGGACUGCAAGGAGAUGGAGAACAUGGAGCACCUGACGGAGCUCCUGGACAGCGACCCCACCUACAGCUCCACCUUCGAGCAGUGGGACUCGUACUGGGAGGACCUGACGCGCUACACCCGGCUGACCAGCUGCGACAUCUGGGGCACCAAGGAGGUGGACUUCCUGGGGCUGGACGACUUCUCCAGCCCCUACCAGGACGAGGAGGUGAUCGGUCAGACGCCCACGCUGGCGCAGCUCAACUGCGAGGACUCGCAGCCCGUCAGCGAGGCGCUCUACCACCCCGACCUGCUGCUGGGGCAGAAGGCCCACCCCGCCCUGCCCCCCGCCCCCGGCAAGAAGGGCCCCGGCCGGCAGCCCACCCCCAGCUGCUCCUCGGCGAGGAGCCCGCUGCCGGACUUUGCCGAAAGCGCGCAGAAGGCCACCUGGCCCAUCGCCUCCAGCACGGAGACCAUGUCCAAGGCGCAGCCGCUGGGGGUGAAGGUCACCGUCCCGCCCCCCGACGGCAAGGACUACGUGCGCAAGGCCAAGGUCCGCAUCGGCGCCCAGCGCCGGCCCACCGUGGCCGACCCCGCCCCCGCCCCCGCCCCCAUGAACAUCACCGUCAGCGCCGCCUUCCCCGAGGGCGCGGGGGCCGCCAAACCGGCCGCCGUCGUUCCCGCCCCCUUCCCCCCGGCCCCGCCCCCUUUGUACCUGGCCCCGCCCCCUCCUGCGGCCUGCCUCUGAAGGGGGCGGAGUCGCCGAAGCCGGAACCCGCCCCCGUGCAGGGGGGCGCUGCGGCCCCCCCCCGCCGACCCCCAGCUCCUCCCCGUGGCGGGGGGCAGCCAGGGCCCCGCGGCCGACGCCUCGCGGGACAAGGAGGAGGAGCACAACUACUCCCUGUUCCUGACGCAGGGCAAGCUGGCCGCCUGCGCCGAGCCGGAGCCGCAGGACGAGGGCGCCGCCGAGCCCGACGACGAGGACCACGACGAGGGCUUCGGCAGCGAGCACGAGCUGUCCGAGAACGAGGAGGAGGAGGAGGAGGAGGAGGAAGAGGAGGAGGAGGACGAGGAAGAGGAGGACGAGGACGAAGAUGAGGAAGAGGACUAUGAGGACGACAAGGACGAUGACAUGAGCGACAGUUUCUCCGAAGCAGGGUGUGAUAAUGACGCCGUGGAGGAGGUGAAGGGUCUGAUAGUGGGCUCCUCUCGGAGGAGGAGGAAGAGGCGCUACUUUUGGGAGUACAGCGAGCAGCUCACCCCGUCCAAACAGGAGCGCGUCCUCAAGCCCUCAGAGUGGGACCGGGAGACGCUGCCUAGCAACCUGUACCAGAAAAACGGCCUACACCACGGGAAGCACGCGGUGAAGAAGUCUCGGCGUACAGACGUGGAGGACCUCACCCCGAACCCCCGGAAGCUUCUGCAGAUCGGCAACGAGCUGCGUAAACUGAACAAGGUGAUCAGCGACCUGACGCCCGUCAGCGAGCUGCCCCUGACCGCCAGGCCCCGCUCCCGCAAGGAGAAGAACAAACUGGCCUCCAGGGCCUGCCGACUGAAGAAGAAGGCUCAGUACGAGGCCAACAAGGUCAAGCUCUGGGGCCUGAACACGGAGUACGAUCGCCUCCUGCUGGUGGUGAACGGGAUUAAAGAGGAGAUUGUGCAAAGAGUGCAGGACCUGACGGACGACAGCGGGACGAGCAUGGCUGAGAAACUGGAGCGGCUCAUCAGCGAGACCCUGGUGAGGUCACCUGUCGCCGGGCAGACGUCCGACUUUGUGAACCAGAUUCUGGAGAACACGGCGGGCGGGGACCCCACAGGGGGCCUGGUAGGGCUCCGCGUCCCCACGUCCAAGGUGUAGGGGGCGGUCGGGACGCCCCCCUGGAGCGGAGCGAUCCCGUCCACAGCAUUCCAGCCCCAGCGCUGUAUCCCCUUCAGUUCUGCAUGUUCAGUAAACCCCCCCCCCACCCCACCCCACCCCCCCUCUGGAAAACCAUCCACACGCCAGGCGUGAAUACGUACCCUGCCCCUGUGUUUCUGACCCUGUGAUGCACAUGUUACACCCGGUGACAUCAGAGCGCAGUUCUACAUACAGAGUUCCAGCGUGGACGUGUGCGUGCUGCUCGCCUCCAGCGGAGCGCGUGACUAGCAGAGCUCACCGAUAGGACCCUGCGGCCGCGAGAUACGAGCGCGCUCCAACGAGCUCCCUCUGCCGUUUGCAUGCUUUCCCCCCGAUCGCAAGGAGACCGGUGCAUUAUGGGUAACGCUCGUCGCGGGCCUGUACCCCCAAACCCCCAGCGAGAGUUUUGGUGUUGACCGCUAACGCUGGAAAAGCGUGGGUUGGGCUGCGGGAUGCGGAAUUCGGAGAUGCGGAAUUCCGGGUUGUGGAAUUCUGGGAUGCGGAAUUCCGGGUUGCGGAAUUCUGGGAUGCGGAAUUCGCUGAUGCGGAAUUCUGGGAUGCGGACCGCGAAACGGGCGAAUCAGAGCUGAAGGGGUUGGUCGCGGAGGAGGCGCGAGCUCGUUUCGGUGUGUGUGUGUCUGCGCAGUGUCGUUCUGCGAGGGUCUGGUGCCGGAAACACACCACUCAUCACGAGCACGGCUCACCAAAAGAGGCGGGAGAGAUCGCAAGGGGGUGGGGCUUAUAAUUACGGGGCUGGUGUUAAAGUUGCUUCUGCCUGUAAUGCAGAUCAUAAUGACGAAAAUAAUUUCUCCUCGUCUUGGUUGAAAUCACCUAAUAUUCUGAUGUCAUAGGCUUUGUGGAUAGAGGCGGAACGGGAAAAGUAUGAAAUUCUGAAAUGUACUGCAUAACUUCAUGUGUGUAACAAAAACAGUAAUAUUCAUUGUGCCUUGUAAUUAAGAUGAGAUGGAUGAUCACUGAAUUUAAGAAAAUAUACUUUUUCACAGACUAAAAGGUGAGAUUGCAAGCCGGGGUGGCUUGUGGAUUUGUAAUGUGUUUCAGCUCUUUACGAUUUUCUGAAUGUACAUAGGAACGUAUGGAAAAUGUAGAUCUAUGCCACAGAGUCGGUGUAUUGUACUACGAGAUGGUUCUACUUUGGUUUUUGGUACUUUUGGCUGCGGCUGCGGGGGUGGGGGUGGGGGGAGCGGGGGGGAGAGGCGGGAUCUAAAAUUACAGAGGAAAAUUACUAUGAUAAAGAGAAAUAUUUGCACACUAUAUUUUGAUUGUUUUUUUGUACCAAAGAUGAAUGCAACAACAUGGCGAAUAGCCAGUUUCAGUAAGGUUUUGCACAGCUUAAAAGACACCGUAUUGAAUGUAGAAGAAGGGGUUGGACAGGGAUAUUCAAUGAACUGUGAAUUUUUGCUUGGGUCCAAUUAUGUGCUGAAGGAAACAGUCAUUCGCACCUUUGGUUUGCUGUUCCUCUCGUUGGCUUGCGAAGUAGGCAGAGUUUGGGAUCGUACCUUUUUGUGGGCUGCGGCGAAAUCUGCUGCCUUCCAUUUCUUUUCCUUUGAGAGUAAUAGGAACCGAUAUGAAGCAUUUAAGUGUAUAAUUUUAUAUAGCAUGUUUGUAAAAUAUUAGCAGGAAUAACCAAAAGAUAGUGUUUAUUUAGUUAAUUUAUUCAUUACAUAUACAUAUAUUGUAUAUUCUAUAAUAUGUAUCUGUAGAAUUUAUGUAUACACAAAUACAUAAAUACGUGUAUAUACAUAUGUUCGUACAUACUCAUAUAUAUAUACCCACUCCCGAGUUGCCACUUCAUCAAUCUAACUUGUGGUUAAGCAUGAUAACUUUCUAAAGCUCUGUCUACUUCUUAUUCAAAAAGAAAAAGGUGAAAAAUGAAAAAUAGAUGAUCAUUUUUAUAUAUUUUUGUACAGGUAGCCUUUUCCUUGUUUGUUGAAGUCACGAAAUGAUUCCAUUUGAAAUGUAUUUAAAUGUGAUGAAAAGCUUUCUCAGAGUUUGCACUGUAUUGGAGCGUAAGGUUGUAUUCUGUGUUAAAGUACUGAUAUUUUUAGAGGGGUAGUUUUUGUAAGAGGCGGCCGUAUUGGGUAUUAUUCUGGUUUCUCAGGACCCCGUGUGGAUAAAGUUAGUCCAAAUUUGUCCGAUUGUGAACAAGCUUGAGAUGAGGCCAACUAAACGCGCACACGGCGGGAAACGUUCACGAGCCCACAUUCAGAGAAUGCACUUUGUCUCGGGUAUAGAAUUCAGCUUAGCCAGAGUUGAUAAUAAUUUGCGUAUGCCUACUCCACCUUGUUCGUACUUUUCAGUUGCUGCUCAGAUUUGUGUAUUAUUAUUAUUAUUAUUAUUAUUAUUAUUAAUGUGCUAAUCAAGAAUUUAGGAGCUAAUCCACAGUUUUGUGGGAUUUAACGGCCCCCGCAGUCUGUUGCUUUUAGCAAAAGCAAAAGAGUAAUUGAAAUGUAUUGAAAUUAAAAGGGGGAAAAAGCAUGCAUUUUCAAUCAGUCACUGCAGUGGCUCUCGGGUCGUUCGUCAGCAUGCAUCGUUAGCAGAGUGAUGGUACUCCACGUGCUUAUUCUGUCAUACAUAUGAUUUAUUAUCAGUGGACAUUUAGGUCACAAUUUACUGGCGGUUUCUUUUAGCUUUCUCUUUAACUUUGAGCAGUGAAGCUAAGCAAACAUUGGGCCAACCUUUAACAGUUCCUACAAAACAAAACGUAUUAUAAAUAUGCCUGUAUUGCUCAGAAGAAAAUUGCUAUUUAAUUCUGAGGGCACUGCGUUGGAUUGAAUAGAGACCAAAACUGGAUUUAGCCUAUAUCCAAAACAGUUUGUUUCGUUUUAAUUAACGGGGCGUGGCACUAGGAAUUUUUUACUGGGAUAAAUAUGUUUCGCAAAACGUAUUUCAUAACUUAAACCUCCAGUUCAGAUACGUUGACAUAAUGACUAACAAUUCAAAUAAGAAUUUGCACUCUGAACAAAAACAGCACUCAUUGGUUUUGUAAGGACAGGCGGUUUCAAAUCGCCUAAUUUCCACAUAAUGCUUAAUUGCUGGCUAAUUCUCUUUGACAAAGAUCUUAAAUAGUGCAACCCGACAUGAAAAAAGUGUACGUUUGAUCUGAUCAGUAGUCCUGCUGGGGGGUGGCACUGUGUCUUGGAUGAGACGGGCUGCAUGGUUCACAGCUGCUAAGGCUCUGUCUCACCGCGUUUUCACUGAAAACGCUGCAUUCGUCGGCCGUUAGCGUUUUCCGCGCGAGGGGUUUCCAGCCGCACGAGCGUUUUCCACGCGGGCUAGAGAGACUUCACACUUCCAUAUUUAACAAGGUGGACAGGGGAUUUCCUCAGAAACCAGACUGAUAUAUGAAGGGGGAAGAAUAUAUAUUUUUAAAUCGUUGUCAUUGCAAUCGUCGAUGUCAUUACUUUAGCACUAGCGUAGCGGAGGUGGUCUUUCCCAUUUGCGGUUUGUCUUUGCUGAAGUGUGUCACUUUUGUAAAUAAUACAGAAAGAAUAAGCUGAUAUUUACCUUCCUAAAUGUUUUUGAGUUUGUAUAGUAUGUUCAGUAUGUGACAUUUAAGAGGAAACGAAAGCACUUUGUUUAAAAAAGUAAAAUACAAAAAGAGUUGGAUUUUUGUAUGUUCCUUCCAUUUGCUGCUAAUCGUGGCUAAACAGAGUGGUGCAGUGUUAGUGUGAUUUGGACCACCGGACACAGACAGAAAAGCCUCGCGAGGGCAGCCCAUAUAGGCUACCGAUGACUUAAGUCAUCAAACUUUCGCCUUCAGUAGAGAUUUCCUAUGGAAACCAGAUUCUGCUUGGGGUUUUCUUCAGGUUGAUGUACAGUGUAGACACGUCUCUUCUGGACGUUUCCAGCUAAUAUUAUCAUUUUUUAAAAUGAAUUUCUUUUGUUUUAUUGGGAAAAAAACAACGUCUGGACGUACUCACAAAAGCUCCAGUCUUGAAUGGUUCAAAAGAAAAACGAAAUAUCUCUGUACUGUAUGUAAAGUCGUUGGCAUUGGAAUUACCAAUCAGAAUACCUUUGCCCUGCCAACCGUCCAUUCAUUCACAAAGGAUAGCCAAGCUUUGGUGCAAACUUCUGUUGCUACGGCAACAUAUCCUGGCUUUCGUAGUACUGUGUCUACAACUGAAUCUCUUCAGCCUGGCGAUUCACUCAAACCGACUGUGCUCAAAAAAAAGUCAUCGUCAGAUGUUAACGGUAGGGGGAUUGGAUAUUGUGAAAUACAUACGCUAUGGAAUUUGUGGCAGUAUUCCAGUCCUCUCCUUCCACUCGUAAAGUGUUCUUGCUGGUUUCACUUUUAACAUGUUCAAUGCAAGCUGUGCAGCUUUACGUUAUAACCAGGGGACUCUGUGGCAUUUGAAUCAGUCUAGAAAGUGGUUGGAAUUCAAUGCCAGUCAAUGUUACUUUCCACUUAUUCUGUUGACCUUAAGAAAAUACAUAAAUACACAGUAAAUAUUAUAGUUUAAAAUAGUAUAUAUUCUAUUUAGCUCCAUUAAAAAACUAUCCUUAACAGAGAACACAGAAAAUAUAUGUUGAAAUGUUCAGUUUUUAACCUGUAUUAUAAUUUUGGCAUACUUACCGGUCCAUAGCUGAGUUUUGGUGUCAGUGUUACCAGUGCUGUCCAUUGUGCACUAUGCAGUGGUUACUCUGGUGAGUAAUGCGCUUUAGGUUUCGGCCUUCCAAACACAGGCAACAGGGCGUUUACUAAUGUGCUUCAUUGACGUUUAUUCUAGUCCUACGGAUGCUAAUGUGGUUGAACUCACAGGUUUUCUAACCGGGCUAAGGGACCUGUGAUGGUCCCGUACAGGUGUCUCAUGACCGCACUAUGUUUCCGGAGGGCCUGGCGUGUCACAGGUUGCGUGCGAGGCGGUGUUGCUUCACGGGAAGCCUGUAGUGAUAAUUGCAGAUGUCUUAAUUGCUGAUUUGCCCUUUCUGACUUUUAUAACCAACGGAAUGCUGUAGUAUGUUGUUAUAAUAAUAUUUUUAUUUUUUUAUUUUUUUUGGACGAGUGUUUCGUAGACCUUUUGAGCGACGGGCGUUUGCGCGAGGUCGUUCUGUAGCGGGUUGUGUCGCCGUCGCGGCAGUUCGCCCGAACGGGGAAAUGCGCGUGAUGUUACGUUGUGAGAAUGCGUACGGGGCUGUACUGUUGCUCAGAAACUCCGGUGAUCUACCACUUAUAGCCUACAGGUUGCACUGCACAUGUUUCAACUUGCAGAAUUCGGUCUGUUAGACAAGUCGCCUGCAGACUUGUAUUCCGUUAGUGUACAUCUGGCAGCUGCUGAAGAAAUACAAAUAAAAUAAUUUACAUGUGUUAGUGAGAAGACACAGAGAAUUUAGCCGCCUUCUUGGAAAAACCCGACCAGGCAACUGUGUGGUAUGAUUAGAGAAUUACUGAGCAACAGAAGCAAAUCUGCUCUGCACCAAUAGAGAAAUUUGUAUCGAUGAUGAUUGUAAAAGGUCUGACUGAGGACGCUCAUUUCACUUUAAUGAGCUCGAGAGGAAACGAGGACGAGUCGUUUUCUGUGUGCAACUCGUAUUCAAGUUUGCGUGCGUUUCACUGUUUAUCUUCCGUCUCUAUGGAAACGAAAAAGUACAAAUUUUACAGACUAUCAGAGAGUGGCCGUAUCCCUUUCCAGGGGCUUUCACGAAGUAUCCAAUCUAUUUUUAAUACAAUGCCUGCUUUAUCAGGUGCCUUACUUAAACACGACAAUUUAAGCUUGAUCUCUUCUUCAGAGUUUGACCUUUUAUAUCUUUGAGUAUACGCUGAUUUUAGCCCACCAUGCCAAUAAUUUUAAUCCUUUUUUUUUUUUUUUUGGUUAUUUAAAAAAAAAAAAAUGUAUCUAUGUUUUUUUUUUUUCCUCAAUUGGACAGUUUGACCAGUCGUCUGGCUCUGUGUUAACUAGACACAGCGGUCUCUGUGUGGAGUCUAAAGCUGAAUGUAGUCUUCCGGCAGGAGAUUGAGUGAAUCAUGAUGAAAUUAAUCCCAACACAAAGACGUGAUCAGUGUAACAUUAGGUGAAUCUAUCCAAAGAGUGCUACAUUUACCAUUCAAAUUACCUUUGUCUCCUUAAAGAGUUGUUUCCUUUAUGUUCCUGUUGGUUAACUUAUUUUUAUUUUUUUUUAGUCCUUAAAAGCAAAUGUUUUUGUAUUUCUUUUGUAUUUAUGGUCUAAAUCUGUAAUAAUAUAUUGCACACGUUUGAAUUUUGGAUGAAUUUUUUGCCUUUAUGCUGUCUACACUCCUCUCUCUCACUUCCCUUUCUUUAGCGUAGCUUCUCUUUGUUUUUUUUUUUUGUUUUUUUUGUUCCUCUAAGAAACGCAGAAAAUUGCUGUUUAGCUGUGGCUGUGAUAAUGAGCUCUUGCAGGGCACAGAAAAGCAGACUCAGGCCUGAAACAAACUGAGCUGGGGCCGUGGUCUCCGCUGGGAAAGGCGGGCAUGUUUCACAGGGACCCGGCGGACCCACUGUGUCCCUGUGUGAAUCGGAACCCUACCUGCCUCUCCAUUCCGUGGUGGUGUUGCUAGGCGAAUGCUUCCGGUGGCCUUGUGCUGGCUCCAGCAGCCGAUGGAGAGGCCUUACGAGCUCAUCUGUCGACAGGCCUACAAGGCCUGUCCUGAAAAAGGACAUGGAGGAGAUCAGCUUUUUGGGCCCGUGGUCUUAAUCGCUUUAGGCAUUUAAACCUUUAGACAAAUUGCUCUUUUUCUUUCAGGCCUGAGUGGUUGCAGUUUUAAAAUGAAACAAAAUGGCGUGCUUACGAACUCACGGAGCGGACGGUGCUCUACUGACAUCGUGGAAAUGUGCCUCUCAGGUGUCAGCGUGACUCCAGUCGACCUUUGACCUUCCACACCAGUCCUGAGGCAGGAUUUCUCAAACGAAUCUGAAAUAUCUCCAUUAAGCCUGAGAUUAUUUUCAGUGUUUAAUUAAAAUGGAGGAAAGUGUUAAAGAGCAUUGCUCGUAUCUUUUGCCCCAGGCGAUGAGGAUUGGUCACGUUUUAAGCAAAAGGGGGGAGUUUUGUUGUACUGCAGUGCCUGAAAUUGGUUUUCAACCUUUGGCGCUGAAAAUCUGCUCCUGGAAUUGAAUAAUCGUGAACAAUUCUGUUGACAUGAAAUUCCAAUUUGGCCUCCAAGCUUAGCAGGACUAUGGCCUUCCAAAAGGGUAAAUAGACAUGUGACAUUGUGACACGGACGUCUUUCUCAGUCGCUGAGGUUUUAACGGGCGGGACUCCACCCACAGCAGUGACCAAUCAGCUUGAGCCAUCAGCCCCACCGUGGAGGGUACCUGGAGCUUUGGUGGGGGGUCGAUUUGGGUCUCGAGGACACCUGGGCAGGCACAGAUCUCCCUGCCCUAAACCUGGGCAGCUCCCCUCUUGCACCUGACACCUACAGAAUCGCGCAGAGAACACCUGUACAGGAUAAUCUCAAAACCCUCUUCAAGCACCACAAACCCACCUCAGUGCAAUGAACUACAUUUCCUUCCAGACUUGAGGCGUAGCCAAAGUAGCGUAGCUGAGAGCAGGAUUGGUCUUAACCAAUCAGCUUGUUUCAAACAGUAAUACCACAGGUAUUUGACCAAUCCAUACAGCCGGUACUUUUAAAGGCACUUAGAGGCGUCUCCCUAAAAACCUGCAGCAGUGCUUCUAAUGUUGUAUGGUAUAGAACUAGAGGACUAGCAUGGGGUCUUUAGAUAACUAGUACUGUGUAUGUACCCCCCUUCCCCCCCAGGUGUAAUAAUUGUGUCACAGUUGAAGGCUGUAUUUCAUUGCCAAUUUCUCUGUAAUAGAUCUUAUGGUGACAUUUUAAGCGAUUCUGCGGAGUUGUGUUCUGCUGAAACUAACAGUAACUUGCUCCUAUUAGUCAUGUCUAGAUUUUUAGCCCACAUAUAUGCCUGUUCAACACAAUAUCUAAACAGUUGUUAUGUUUAUGUUGUUUAAUUGUCGUGCUGCAUUUAUACUUUUGACUUUCUCUAAAUGUUUUGUUUCAUUUCUUCUUGAGGCAUAGUUUGCUGGAGAAAAAACCACUGGAUUAUAAGCAGUGUGUGUAUAGAUGUGAAGUAGGAUUUGAAAGAUGCAUUUCUUGUGUAAUUGUGCCUCUUGUUUUAUUUUAAUUUGUAUUAUUAUUGUUAUAAUUAUUUCACAGCAUCGUAUCAGCCAGGUGUUGGUACUACAGUUGCUUGUAACCUUGAUAGUCUCAUUCUAUUAUUGAUUUGAAUAAAAAAGAAAACCCAUUAGAAAAA